AUGGAGGCCGGUUUGAAGCCCCAACCACUUGCAUAUCUCAUGCGCUAUCACCGAGAGCUGUUUGUGGACCCACUGUUCUGGACUUCCCGUCAUUUAGAUCUGGUAGGAUGUCGCUUCAAGCCGCUUGAGUCGAGGGAGAACAUUCGAGACAUUGGCGAUACGCGUGAAGCUCAAAACAACGACGAUACGCGCCAGUGGGCUGAAUGUGACGGUCUCGUUCCUGUACCGCCGCCGCCUCCAUCGGCCCCCGAGCGACUUGCAAAUAGCUGCGCGCCCCUUGUGAAGCUCUCCGCCCUUACCCACAUUCUGGAGUAUGAGGGAAGCCCUUUUGAAGAGCGUUGCGAAAAAGGACCUAGAUUUUACUUCGCAGGCCAAGCGAUUCAUCGACCAAACUCUGUCGUGUUUGGUCAUCGCAAACAAGCCAACCAAUCUCUGAUAGGCUACUUUGACUACACCUCCGCCACUUACGGCCGCGAAGAUAAAUUCCAGGCGAAAAGCCAUCCUACUUGUGGCAAUAACGCGCCUGUCGGGCGUCUUCAUCAAAAACGGCUGGCACAAAUAAUCCCAGUUAAUUGGGAGGAAGACCCGUACUUCGUUUGUAUCUUGCUCUCUAUUGCCCAACUGCAGGAGCGAUCCCCCACAACUAAAAAACAAACAACUCAUACGUCGCGUCUUCUCGUUACGAAGUGGCCAGACUGUGCGUUCAUCUACCUUUACGAGGCUCAAUUUACAUCCGAGCUUCUGAACGCGAUUGAAAACCCGCAAACUGCCACGAUGCAUACGAACUGGCCGAUCAUCACGCGAAAAAGGAUCCCUUUCAAGCCCUUUGACACUUUCCAGCAGCGUCUUGUGGCCGAGCUAUUACUUCCGGCAAAUCAACACUAUCACAAUGCCUCGGAUAUCAAAGAUGGUGUUGAUGUUGUGAAAAAUACAGCGAAGCGCCAGCACGAACAAAAAGUCGAGACGCGCACGGUUAAACGCAAGAUAGACAUGGCCUGUGGGAAUUGA